ACAUGAGAAGAGCAGAGGCGCGGUUAACUGGACAGUCUGAAGAUGGCGUGUAGCGGGGCUUGUCGGUGUUGUUGUUGCUGUUGUUGCGGAGACGGAGAUACCCGGACGCCUGAGGAACUGGUACAAUGGACUAUUUUGGGGGAUUCAAAUGAAGAAAAUGAAAUUCUUCCAAGGAAAGAUUAUGAGAGUCUAGAUUAUGACAGAUGCAUCAAUGAUCCUUUAAUGGAAGUCCUGGAAUCUAUGGACAAUAAGAAAGCAAGAAAAUAUGAAUUUGUGAAGUGGAUUAUAGUAUUUGGCAUUGGUGUUUGCACGGGUUUGGUGGGAUUGUUUGUUGAUUUUUUUGUGCGACUCUUCACACAUCUCAAGUUCAGCAUUGUAGAGAAAUCUGUGGAGGAGUGUAGUGUGAAGGGCUGUUUGGCUCUCUCUCUUUUGGAGCUUCUUGCAUUCAAUAUGACUUUUACCUUUUUUGCCAGUGUUCUUGUGCUGAUUGAGCCAGUGGCCUGUGGAUCAGGAAUUCCAGAGAUUAAGUGUUACCUGAAUGGCGUGAAAAUACCUGGCAUCGUCAGGUUGAGGACUUUUUUGUGCAAAGCAGUUGGUGUUCUGUUUGCUGUGGCUGGAGGACUGUUUGUCGGGAAAGAAGGACCAAUGAUACACAGUGGCGCAAUUGUUGGAGCUGGUUUACCUCAGUUUCAAAGCAUAACUUUUAAGAAGAUCCAUUUUAACUUUCCUUAUUUCCGUAGUGAUAGAGACAAGAGGGAUUUUGUGUCAGCAGGAGCUGCUGCUGGUGUAGCAGCUGCCUUUGGAGCACCUAUAGGUGGGACAUUAUUUAGCCUGGAGGAGGGAUCAUCUUUCUGGAAUCAAGCUCUUACCUGGAAAGUGCUCUUCUGCUCCAUGUCAGCUACCUUUACUCUUAAUUUUUUCCGCUCAGGGAUUCAAUUCAGUAGCUGGGGCUCUUUCCAGCUUCCAGGUUUACUGAACUUUGGUGAAUUCAAGUGUUCAGAUGAUGAUAAGCAGUGUCAUCUGUGGACAGCUGUUGAUUUGGCUUUUUUUGUUGUAAUGGGUGUAUGUGGAGGCCUGCUGGGAGCCACCUUCAAUUGUUUGAACAAAAGGCUUGCCAAAUACCGCAUGAAAAAUGUCUACCCAAAGGCAAAGUUUGUCAGAAUUUUAGAGGGUCUCCUAGUGGCCAUGAUUACCACAAUAGUCAUCUUUGUGUCCUCUAUGACUUUGGGUGAGUGCCGUGAUCUGUCAAUUCCCACCAGCCAUGAUGGAAACAUGUCACUACAUCAGGUUUCUGUUGAUGUGAAUUCCAGCAUCAAAACAUUUUUCUGCCCAAACAAAACCUAUAAUGAUAUGGCUACACUUUUUUUCAACCCUCAAGAAGUGGCUAUCCUUCAGCUUUUUCAUCAAGAUGGUACAUUCAGCCCAAUUUCUCUGACAAUAUUCUUUUUGCUGUAUUUCCUCUUGGCUUGCUGGACAUAUGGUAUUUCUGUGCCAAGUGGUCUGUUUGUGCCUUCUUUGCUGUGUGGGGCAGCCUAUGGCCGGCUUGUAGCUAACAUCUUGAAAACUUAUAUUGGAAUGGAUCAUGUUUACUCUGGGACCUUUGCACUUGUUGGUGCAGCCUCCUUUCUUGGUGGUGUAGUCAGAAUGACCAUUAGCCUGACUGUUAUCCUGAUUGAGUCAACCAAUGAAAUAACAUAUGGACUUCCUAUAAUGAUUACUCUUAUGGUAGCAAAAUGGACUGGGGAUUUUUUUAACAGAGGAAUCUAUGACAUCCACAUAAAACUGAGGGGUGUUCCUAUUCUUGAAUGGGAGACUGAGGUGGAAAUGGAUAAACUAACUGCUAGUGAUAUCAUGGAGCCAAAUCUCACGUAUGUGUAUCCUCACACACGUAUCCAAUCUCUAGUCAGUAUUCUCCGGACAACUGUGUAUCAUGCCUUCCCUGUUGUGACUGAAAACCGAGGCAAUGAGCGUGAGUUUAUGAAAGGCAAUGUCCUCAUCAGCAACAACAUUAAAUUUAAGAAAGCUAGUAUUCUGACACGGGCUGGUGAGCAAAGACGAAGAUGUCAGUCGAUGAAGUCUUAUCCAUCAAGUGAACUGCGAAAUGUAUGUGAUGAACAUGUGAAUCCAGAUCAGGCAGAAGAGGCUGAAAACAUAGUUCAGCAAAUGCUAGAGAGACGUUAUACUCCCUAUCCAAAUUUGUAUCCAGACCAAUCCCCUAGUGAAGAGUGGACAAUGGAGGAACGUUUCCGACCCUUGACAUUCCAUGGCCUUAUCCUCCGUUCGCAGCUGGUCUCUCUUUUGAUUAGGGGAGUUUGCUAUGCAGAAAACCAAUCUAGUGCCACACAGCCACGCCUGUCUUAUGCUGAGAUGACAGAGGAUUACCCACGUUUCCCAGACAUUCAUGAUUUGGAUCUGACAUUGUUGAACCCAAGAAUGAUAGUGGAUGUCACACCUUACAUGAACCCUUGCCCUUAUACAGUUUCACCAAACACUCGCGUUUCGCAGGUGUUCAAUCUAUUCCGGACCAUGGGGCUGCGACAUUUGUCAGUUGUGAAUGCUGUAGGUGAAAUUGUUGGAAUUAUUACAAGGCACAACUUGACACAUGAAUUCCUGCUUGCAAAACUGAGGCAGCACUAUAUUACCUCAUGAAGCAUUUUAAGUUUGCUUGAAUUGGCUUUCCUUAUUCUCUGUGAAACUCUGGAUAAUGGAAAUGAUGAGACAUGAAAUCCCAAAAAGCCCUCUUUUGCAGACAACUUCAGCAGUUGCUUACUGUAAGGUAUGCUUCUUGUAAUAGGCUAUCUAGACAGCUGAUGUCUUUAUUAUGAUCAUUUGCUUAAGUACUUUUAGAUUUAGAAAUAAUGAAACUGUUCCCAAAUUUUCACCUGACCUCUGUUACCCAUCCUGACUUAUUUUUUAAUUAAACAUACAUUCAAGCCUACAUAUAGUUGGGAAUUCUGUCUCAUUGACAGUGAUGUGCUGUUUCACUUAUUUUAUGUAUUGAUUAAGUGAUAUGCACUAGAUAAUUCAGGAAAUUCUAACACCUAGACACUCUGCUUUCCUAGUCCACUAUCCGUUUUCUUUCUAUUUGGUUUGCUAUGAAAUUAGCAAUGUAGACCUUUUAGUGUUACUUAGUUGUCUUACAUUCGAUACCAGGAACUGAGAAUGUUUGGGCAAAGGUUAAAGUUCUUCAAAAUUAAGAUUUUUUUAUGGAUAUGAUUUUUUUAUUGUUGAUUAUGCAAAUUGAUUUAAUUCAGCCUGAUUAUGAUACUUAUUUUCCUUAUGCACUUUUUGAACUAAAUUCUGUUAUUGUGGUAUUUGCACAAAUCAUUGUGUUUUACUUUUAAAAAUCGCAUUUUUCUCUAUGAUUCAAGUACUUGUAUCAACUAACCCACAAAAAUGUUUGUCUUCAGCAGUUCAUAUUCAAAUGCCUUUCUUCUAUUUUUUUUUUUAUUUUGUUGUGUUUUUAUUUACUGCUGCAAUUUCUCAGUCAGUUGUUCUGACUUGCCAGUAUUAUGCUCAUUUCUUUGUAUUACAUAUAAAAAGUAUGAAAACAGAUUUGAUCUGACACUUAGGUUUCUUUAUCACUGUUUUCAUUUUUUUAAUUGUUUAGUUUAUUUAGAGGUCCUCCAUUUAGUAGUAUAUUAUGUCAGAUUGUGUUUAUCUUAAUUUAAAACCAUGUAAAUAUUAUUUGUGAGAGAAAACACUUAAUUUGUUAUUUGCAUGAUUAUUUUUGUCAGUCUUGUGAUUUUUUUUUUUUAAGAACCAUCCAUUAACAAACUAUUAAAAUGUAACAUUACACAAUAUGCACAAAAAUAUGUAUUGACAUCUGAAAAAUUAUCCAGUUUGUACUUGAAUGAUUUUGUCUGUUUUCUUGUAGUUUUAUAUUUUUAGUGCAGGUCCAUUUAUUUCUGUAUUCACCAGUGUUUGGCUUAUUUCUUUCACACUGCCUAUUAUUACUUUAAAAAGUAAUAUGAAAUCCCCUCCUACUUGGUUUUAUUUUGCUGUGGGUUAAUUAGUGUGUGAAGAUUUACAAGUUUACAUGUAGUGCCAUAUGUAUAGUUAAGUAGGAAUGUAUGUGUGUUUGUUUAUUUUUUUAAGUCUGUCCCUUUUGGAUUUAGUAUCCUUCACUGUAUUUUGUCCAGUUUGAGAUUCUCCGAACACUGUUUUCUGGCUAGCAUGCCAAGUGAGUUUUGAUGGAUGAUGCAUUUUAGCCAUACUACACAAAUAUCUCCUUAUUAUGGAAAUGUUUAUAGCCUUAAUUACUCCACAGAGAACUUUACAUUUCUAAUUAUGUAUGUUUCUCAUUGAUGUGAAUUUUUCAAAAUAUUUGCUUAAUUUUGUGAUCUUCUUUAUUUUAAAUUUUAUGCAUGCUAAAUUACAAUUGCAAAAAUAAUGAUUUUACGUGACAUUUUCAUUGCCAAAUGACACUGUGAACAUUCUAUAGCACAGAAACUGCAGGUGUCAGUAAUUAUUAAAGUGAUAUUUUUGCACUGAUAAGAAAAUAGGUUAAUCUUUUUUUUGUUUUAGUAUUCAAAAUUAUUAAAAUGCAAAAUGGCAAAACAUAUAUCCUAUGGAAAGGAACAGGAAGCACAAGGAAUGAAACUCAAUUUGAGUGGCUGGUGUACCAUUCAGUGUACCAUAUCUAAUUAUAUGUUAACUUUAACAUGCUUAAAACAUUCUUUUAGAUCACAAAAUUUUCUUAAAUAUAUAGCAGGUUGGAUAAUGGAUGGAUGGAUUCUAUCCCUCAUGUUUCUCCCUGUUAUCCACAAAUAAAAAUGGUUGAUUUAUUAAAUCAUGAGGCAUCAAGGGUAAAAUUUUGACGAUGGUGGUUUUUGGAGGUGGAGUGGUAUAAAGAUGUGUUUACUGAUCUAGAAUAGAAAGCAAGGCACAAGGCUUAGGCAUGAGUUUUAUUUGUGUAAAUACAUUUUAAAAAGUAAUAUGAAAUCCCCUCUUACUUUGUUUUAUUUUGCUAGUUUUGGUUUGAUCGAUUACCACUAUACAAGAUGCUUAAUUUUGUUAAAAACAAAGAUGCAUUUAUCUUUCUUUAUUUGCAUAUUCCUCCCUGUAAACUGAUAAUUCUAAAACUGUUAAUAAAAGAAUGAAAAAUUGAGUGUUUAUUUUAUUUAGCAUCUGUCUGUUGUGUAGUAAGAAUGUUUUCAUCCCUAGCUGAAAAGAAGUAUGGAUGAAUCAUUUACUGUUACACUUGGAAGCCGCCAUUACGUAUUUGAAUGCAGCAGUGUGAUAUUUAAAAUUUUCUUAAUAAUAUUACUGUUCUACUAUAAACAAUAUUUCAUUAAAAUUAUAUUUUGCCUAUGCUCUCUAAUAUCCAAAAAUAGCAAUCUAUUGGAUCUGAAUUGGAUCUGAUUCUUGGAAUAUGAUGUGUAAUGUUUAUCUGAAUCUCUGCUUUGCUUUUUUACAAAUAUUAAAAAGCUUUCUUAUUGGUU